AAUAUUUUCAUAAAGUCCCGCUAAAGCUAGUUAGCUAACCUAAGCCUCGGUAUUUUGGAGCCUAAUGUUUAUCGGGGCAGGGCGAUGUCUCUUUGUCACGCAUCUUUCGAUGCGAGCUGAGCAAGCGUGGUAGCUUUGCGCUGUUUUGUUUUCGCCCAACUAGUUCUGUUAGUUCGGGAUGUUUUUGCCCUUAACAUGGAGACAAAACGAGGGGAGAUUCCCAACGGCGUAUUGGACGACCUUUGCAGUCGCUUCAUCCUCCACAUCCCCAGUGAAGAAAGGGACAAUGCUAUCAGAGUUUGCUUCCAGAUUGAACUUGCCCAUUGGUUUUACCUGGACUUCUACAUGCAGAAUACACCAGGAUUACCUCAGUGUGGGAUAAGGGACUUUGCCAAGGCUGUUUUUAAUCACUGUCCAUUCCUGCUUCCACAAGGCGAGGAUGUUCAGAAGGUUUUAGAGCAAUGGAAAGAGUAUAAGAUGGGAGUUCCUACAUAUGGUGCAAUUAUUCUGGAUGAAACCCUUGACAAUGUAUUACUGGUGCAAGGAUACCUUGCUAAAUCAGGGUGGGGCUUUCCUAAAGGCAAAGUCAAUGAGGACGAGGCACCCCAUGACUGUGCUGUACGAGAGGUUUUGGAGGAAACUGGUUUUGACAUCCGAAACCGCAUCUGUAAAGAUACGUACAUUGAGCAAAAAAUCACAGAUCAGCUGGCUCGCCUGUAUAUAAUACCUGGGGUUCCAAAGGACACAAAGUUUAACCCCAAAACCAGGAAAGAAAUAAGGAACAUUGAAUGGUUUUCUGUUGAUAAACUGCCAUGUCACAGAAAUGACAUGACGCCAAAAUCCAAGCUGGGUCUGGCUCCCAACAAGUUUUUCAUGGCAAUUCCUUUUAUGAAACAACUCAGAGAAUGGAUCGCCAAGAAUAAAUUUGAAUCAACUAGCAGUGAUGAAGAUUUUUUGUCCAAUGGUAGCACUCCAUGCAAACCUUUUCGCUCCAAACCCAGACGCACACAGAUGUUGCUGGAGGCAUCUCCAGGUGAUGGCUGGAUAAAGCAAAAGCAACAGAAAGCUUUUGGACAGCCUGGUCAAUGUGAGCUUGCAGACUUUCUUAAAGUCAAGAACCACAAUGUGAAAGGCAAUGGGAAGAAGCACCAGGAUUCCCCCAUUAUGAAAAAAAGGACAAAUGAGAUCAGUAAUCAGCAGAAAGAUGAGAAAAAGCUUCAGCCCAGAAGACUACAGGACAAAUUUGAUGCAGAUGCAGCGAGUGAUGUGCAUGGCUCGAAUGGACAGUCAGAUUCUUCCUAUGGUGAAUACGAGCAGAUUUUCUCCUCAAAGUCCUUCCUCAGCUUCAAGUUCGACCGGGAGGCAAUCAUGAAGUCGUGCUUUGAAUCCUGAAGCUAUCGGCUGCCCUUAUUUCACUUACUUCAUUUUUAGAGACAUGAUCUGUUGCACCUUGAGCCACUCUGGCUAACUCACUCAGUCAUAACAUAUUUUUCCCUGUUCUUUCAUACAAGGGUGGUCAUUAUAGAAUGGGUGUUGGACCAAUAUGACAAAUAAAGUGAGGUACUACUUUCUGUAUACGUGGCUCUGAAAUGCUGAGGGUCUUUUAGCUUGGAAUGUGGCUGUAAAAGUAUAUACCCAGUCAUGGGUUUGUCCCCACACACAGUCACACUUCCUACUGGGCUUUAACACAUUUGGUGCGCUCAGUAGUUUAUUAGGUUUAUUAAAGUCCCAAUCAUAAUGAAUUGCACCUUACAGACCAGGUUUAGUAUUGAAACAGUAAAGGCUUUUGAAUUAUGGCAGUGCUCUUAGUGAAAUCUGUGGUGUUUUGGCUGAGAGUCUGUCAAAUAGAUUCAGAGCUAAUCUCACAAUGGUUUAGGUGCUGCUUAAGCUAUUUCUGAUGAGGUGUUAAAUUCAGGUUCUUGUACUAGUCCAUGCUUUAAUGAUUGUAAUUUUUUAAAACAUUGUACACCACUGGAUACUAGUGAGACCCUGCCUCCUGAUGCAUUUCUAACUGUUACAGUCGUAUGUAAAAGUUUGAAUUUUCUGCAACUUUUAGAGUGAAAAAUAUCUGUUUAUUUGCUGAGUUUAACAUAUUGAGAAAUGUGUUUUGUACAUGCCACAUUGUUUUAUUUUUUCCCAUUAGCUUAAAUUCAGUAAAUAAACAGUAUUGUAAUUAUGCACUGUUAUCUUGUGUUAACUUAUUUUCAUUUAUAAAAUAAACAAACGUAAUUUUGCAUACGACUGUACUAAUAGGCCAAAUUGUUUCAUGUAGUAAGUCAUGUAAGGGCUAGUGAGACAGAAUGUAGGUUUGAUGUAUGUUUAAGUCCCUUGCAGUAUGUUAUAAAGCCUUUUGGACAAAAUUAGCUCUUAUCAUCUGAACUUAAUAUAACAAAGCCUUGCCUUUAAUAAAUCUGUCGUUUCGCCUCCAGAACUAGUAACUAAGAUGUCAUAAAUUUGAUGUUGCUCACAGAAUAAAGAGCUACCCCGUCUUCUCUACAAGUUAGAUGCAACAAGUUGCUUCUCAGAGGCAACAGCUAUUCUGAGCCACAGAAGCCUGGUACUGUAGUCUUGGUUGAUGCUAAUGCUACAGCUACACAAUACAUUGCCUUUCAUUAUUUUGGAUCCACUAAGGAUACAUCAACAUCCUGCUGUGUUCUGCUUGUCAUAACUGUUCACACAAUUGUAUUUGAUCCUGUCUACCUAACACUGUCAUAACCAAGCCAUAAACAUAUCAUGGCAGAUGUUAUAUGACAGAUUUUGUUCAGUGUUGUUACCAAUACUAGUAAUUGUUAUGACAGUUUAUUGCUGUAUAAUCUAGUUAGCUGUCUUGACCGUUAACUUAUAGCAACGUGACACUAAUUCAUGUAGUCACAACUCAUGUUUACGGCAUAGUCAUGUCAAUGUUAUGUAGCAGGGAUCAAGUGAGGUAUUACUAUGAUUGCUUUUUGAUAAUCAGACUACAUAAUCGCUGUAUUGUCUGCUAAACCAUCAACCACUGUUUCACCCUCGAACGUGAAGCUUUUAAGUGUCAUUUAUAUUAUGUUUCUGCUUUUUUCCUUUUUUUUUAAAGAGGCAUCUGUAUUUUUUAAUCAUGCUGAAACUGCUGCUGGUGGAGUUUUACAUUCGAGUCCUGUGCGAGAUAAUGAUUUGCGCCCCCUUCCGUUUGCAUAUUUCUCUGAUUUUCAUGUCUCUGUGAAAGUGGCACUGACAUUUUUCAAUAGUGAACUGCAGUCUGGAAAUCCCUUCACCUUUAUGCAAAAGGAUUUACACUGUGUAUGUUAAUCUGGUCGUUUUCAUUUUCUCUGUGUAUGUAUGUGAUGCUUUUUUGUUUUGUUUUGUUUUGUUUGCUUUUUUUAAAAUAAAUAUACAGUUCUCUUUGGCAGUAAUGGCAGU